GCCCGUCUUUGACUAUCCAACAUGGGCAGGGAAGCCUCCACCAAGACUUCAUUUGGAUGUUGUGAAAGGAGACAAACUAGUAGAGAAACUCAUCAUUGAUGAGAAAAAAUACUACCUCUUUGGAAGAAACCCUGACAUUCGUGAUUUUACCAUUGACCAUCAAUCAUGUUCAAGAGUCCAUGCUGCGUUGGUCUAUCACAAACAUUUAAAAGAGUUUUCAUCAUUGACUUGAACAGCUCUCACGGUACAUAUCUGGGGCAUCUUCGUUUGGAGCCUCACAAACCACAGCAGGUUCCCAUUGAUUCCACGUCGUCAUUUGGAGCCUCAACAUGAGCAUAUACACUACGUGAAAAACCACAGGCAGCGCCGUCCUCAAUCAAGGGUGAUGAAAUUGCCGUGGAAGAUGAUGAACUGAAGGGACUCAUGGGCUUACCUGAAGAGGAGACGGAGCUCGAUAAUUUGACAGAAUUCAACACAGCUCAUAACAAAAGAAUAUCUACACUAACAAUUGAAGAAGGAAAUCUGGAAAUGCAGAGGCCAAAACGUAAAAGAAAGAGCCACCGUGUAUCGUUCAGCGAUGAUGAGGGGAUAAUAAAUCCAGAGGAUGUUGAUUCUUCAGUGGGUCGCUUCAGAAAUAUGAUUCAAACAGCAGUGGUGCCACUCAAGAAAAAGAAGACCAAGAGUCCCAGUUCACUAGGUCUGGAAGAUGGAAUUGCUAGGCGUAUGCAGAAUUUCCCAUUCAACGCUAGUUUAUAUUGUGGCCUCCCCCCAACUAGUGGUGAUUCUUCUUCUCAGCUACAUGGUAAAACGAUGGGAACUGCAAUGCUAGGAGGACUUCCUAUGCCAUUCCCAAAUCCAGCUCUGGAAGUGGACUUGGCACCAGCAGUUGUACCAGCAACUGUGACUAUAAACCCUGUUCCCAACACUGGCGUGUUCAAUGCAGAAUCCAUUAAUGAGCCGAAGAAAAAGAAAUACGCUAAGGAGGCCUGGCCUGGCAAGAAGCCCACUCCAUCGUUGCUUAUUUGAUCAUCUGUUUGAGUUUUUUUUCAAGAAAAAUAAAGUCGCCUAGGAUUUGAGGACCAAGAGGGGCUUUCUUUUAAGUCUGUUAA